UAUUUCAUGAUCCAAGAUUAAAAAUAGCAAUUUCGUCGUCUGCAAGCAAGUCUGCCACACAACUAUUUGACACAUAAAAAGUGUCGUAUGUCAAAGUGACAGUAGGGAUUCAUUUAAAAGAAAAUUAAUUGUCACAAAGUGUCAAAAAAUCAGAUACAUCAUUUGGAGGAAAAUGUCAAAAAUAGAAGAAGGAAAUGCUCACAUUCGACAGGCAGAAAAAAGCCUGAAGACAAGUUUAUUGAAAUGGAGACCAGAUUACGAAGUUGCUGCUGAUGAAUACAAUCAUGCAGCAACAUGUUUUCGUAUUGUCAAAUCAUAUCAACAAUGUAAGGAUUGUUUAAUGAAAGCAGCUGACUGUUUCAAGCAAAAUAGAUCAUGGUUCCAUGCGGCCAAGAGUUUCGAGCAAGCCCUACUAAUUUGUAAGGAAAUGGGAACUUUAUCAGAAGUUCCAAAGUUAGCACAUUCGGCGUGUACUUUAUAUCAACAACAUGGAUCUCCGGAAUCUGGAGCAACUGUUUUGGACAAAGGGGCAAAAUUAGUAGAAGCUACGGAACCUGUAAUGGCACUGGAAUUAUACAAACGAGCAGCUGACGUUGUCAUGGGAGAAGAUAGUCCACGACAAGCAGCAGAGUACAUGAGUAAAGCAGCAAGGAUUCUCGUGAAAUUAAAAAUGUACGAUCAAGCAACGGACGCAAUUCGUAGGGAAAUAGGAAUGCAUCAACAAAUUGACCACACGCCUUCUAUAGGACGAUUAGCAGUUGUAUUAGUUCUCGUGCAACUUGCUCGAGGCGAUCAAGUUGCGGCGGAAAAAGCCUUCAAGGAAUGGGGCAACUGCUGUGAUGUUCCAGAAGUGCAAACUUUGGAAAUGUUAUUACAAGCCUAUGACAACGAGGAUGCAGAUGCAGCAAGAACAGCUUUAAAUAGUCCUUUCAUCAAACACAUGGAUGUAGAAUAUGCAAAAUUAGCCAGAGGACUUCCCCUACCUCAACAAGAGUACGCUGUACCACCUGCAGGAAUUCGCGCAAACGCUGCGGAAUCUUACAUUUCUCCUAACGCCAGUAAACUUACAGGACAAGCCACAGUCGAAGCGGAAGUUAAUCGAGAAAGCCAAGAGGCCACAACGGAGAAUAAAUCAGAAGCUAAAGCAACAGAAUCGAGUUCAGCACCUUCACAACCGGCAAGUCAAGUUGAAGAAGAUGAUGAAUAUGAAGGUGGAUUAUGUUGAUCACUUUUAUUGCACACAUUACUAGCUCAGAAUUUAGCUUUCUUAAGAGAAAAAACAAAAAUAUUGGCAUUCCUUCUGUAGAAAAACAAUUCUUUUUACGUUUAAAAUUAAAAGUAUGUAUCUAUUUUUUAAAAUGCAAUUUCUCAACAACUCAACAACUUUCAAACAUAAUUCAAAACUAAAAAUCAGAAAUUUUUGUGAAAAAAAAAUUACAGAUUAUGGAUAUUUAUCUCUGAUUCCUGCACAUCUUUAAGGUAUAUAAUAUAAAUAAUAAUUAUUAAGUGAGCACAUAGAAAAUGAGAAAACAAUUGCGAUAGGUAUAUUAAUUAUCUAAACGCUAAUCCUAAAAACAUUAUAGUAUUUUAAAUAAAAAUGUUACAGUUAAA